AUGGCUGCAUCUCUGGUCGCUCGACUGGGCUCACUUUCACUGCGCUCGACACCCUCUCUAGCCAUACGAAAUGGAUAUCAAUCUCUUGCAAUGAGACCAUGCCCUUUGCUGAUUGCCUCGAGGGAGUUACUGUACCCCAGGCAAUUUCACACCACCUCACCCACACUGGCAACUCUUAACCAGGUCAUGCGUGGAGCUCGCAAAUCAACCAAACCUCGUACAAAAUCACCAGCCCUGAAUAACUGUCCUCAACGGAAAGGAGUGUGUGUUGCUGUUGGAGUGAUGAAGCCCAAGAAACCCAACUCAGCUAAACGCAAGUUUGCCCGUGUUAAAUUGACCAACGGAAAGACCACUCUUGCGUACAUCCAGGGCGAAGGACACAAUCUACAGGAACACAGUGUUGUCCUACUGCGUGGCGGACGAACACAGGAUUUGCCCGGUGUUAGGUAUAAAAUUGUCCGAGGUGCGCUGGACUUUGGUGGAGUACCUAACAGACGGGUCUCGCGUAGUAAAUACGGAACCAAAAAGCCAAAGUCAUAA